UCCUUCCAGGCUGACUCACCGCUGGAGUGCCUGAACGUAAAAGAAGAAAAACGAAGAAGAAGAAGUUUGAGAGAACGAGGGAGUGAGGACCACUGAAACAGAGAGCGAGAAGGAGGGAGGGAGAGAAAGAGGGGAGUGAAAAAAUUAAGAGGGGUGAGUCGGAGGUGAGAGAGACACAAGCUAGAAAGAGAAAGUCAGGUUGGGUUGGCGGGGCGAGAGGAGGAAAGAGAAAGUGAUUGUGGGAACAAGAGAGAGGAAGAUAGAGAGACACUACAGACUCAUACAGUGAGGAACAAGUUGACAGAUCUGAGGUCAGGCGAGAGUGGGCACAGGUAGGUCGGAGGUCAGAGGUGAAGCAGGCGGACUGAAGGCUGACUGAGGUUCAGCCGAACAAGCUGUUCCGCUACCAACCCCCCAGCACCGUCCCUUCAGUGUCACCACACUGGGAGAACUGGGAGAACUGGUGACGAGGAGAAGCCACCAUGAGCGACCAGAACGUCGUCAAGGAAGGCUGGGUCCAGAAAAGAGGUGAGUACAUCAAGAACUGGCGACCGCGCUACUUUCUGCUGAAGACAGACGGCUCUUUCAUUGGCUACAAGGACAAACCACAAGACUCUGACCUGGCCUACCCACUCAACAACUUCUCUGUAGCAAAAUGUCAGCUGAUGAAGACAGAGCGGCCCAAGCCAAACACCUUCAUCAUCCGCUGUCUGCAGUGGACCACCGUCAUCGAGAGGACCUUUCACGUGGACACUCCUGAUGAGAGGGACGAGUGGGCUGAGGCCAUCCAGAUGGUAGCUGAGUCUCUGGCCAAACAGGAGGAGGAGGGCAUCUUGUGCAGCCCCACCUCCCAGAUUGAGAACGUCAACGAGGAGGAGAUGGACACCUCCAUCAGCCACUAUAAACGAAAGACAAUGAAUGACUUUGACUAUCUGAAGCUUCUGGGCAAAGGCACUUUUGGAAAAGUCAUUCUGGUGAGGGAGAAGGCGAGUGGCACCUACUAUGCCAUGAAGAUCCUGAAAAAAGAAGUCAUCAUAGCCAAGGAUGAAGUUGCUCACACACUCACAGAAAGCAGGGUAUUAAAAAACACUCGGCAUCCAUUCCUAACUUCUCUGAAGUACUCGUUCCAGACUAAGGAUCGGCUGUGCUUUGUAAUGGAGUACGUCAACGGAGGAGAGCUGUUUUUCCAUUUGUCAAGAGAAAGAGUUUUUUCAGAGGACCGCACUCGUUUCUACGGCGCAGAAAUUGUCUCCGCUCUAGACUACCUACAUUCUGCCAAGAUCGUCUAUCGUGAUCUGAAGCUGGAGAACCUCAUGUUGGACAAAGACGGCCACAUCAAGAUCACCGACUUUGGCCUCUGCAAAGAAGGCAUCACCGACACUGCCACCAUGAAGACCUUCUGUGGAACACCAGAGUACCUGGCUCCUGAGGUACUGGAGGACAACGACUAUGGGCGGGCGGUGGACUGGUGGGGUUUGGGUGUGGUGACGUACGAGAUGAUGUGCGGUCGCCUGCCGUUCUACAACCAGGACCACGAGAAGCUGUUCGAGCUCAUCCUCAUGGAAGAGAUUAAGUUCCCACGAACCCUGUCGGCGGACGCCAAGUCGCUGCUGUCAGGGCUGCUCAUCAAGGACCCUAACAAACGGCUGGGCGGCGGACCGGAUGAUGCUAAGGAGAUCAUGCGACACAGUUUCUUUGGCACAGUCGACUGGCAGGACGUCUACGACAAGAAGCUGGUCCCACCUUUCCAGCCCCAGGUCUCUUCGGAGACGGACACACGCUACUUUGAUGAGGAGUUCACAGCACAGACCAUCACCAUCACUCCGCCGGAGAAAUAUGACGAGGACGGGAUGGACGCGGCGGACAACGAGCGAAGGCCUCAUUUCCCACAGUUCUCCUACUCAGCCAGCGGGCGGGAGUGAGCGCUCCGGCCCAGCCAGCCAGUAUCGUCCCCAUUCGUGGCCAUUUUGAGGAAAACACGUAGCCAUUUUAGGAAAAAAAAAAAAAAAAAUACCAGUCUCCCCUCUUUUUCUCCUUCUCUGCCUCCUCACAGACGGGGAGAAGUCUUUUUAGGGACUUUAAAAGAGGUUUUUGCACAGUGGGAUAGACUCCAGCCGGUCUCCCCACACUAAAAAAUAAGUCUCCUACAUUUUCAGCGCUAUUUACUGCAGAAGGCAAUGUUUUUGUUAUUUAUUUUUUCUCUCCGUCAGUAUUAAGUUGUCGACCCGGGUUGCGUUCAUCUUUUUUUUGUUUUUUUGUUUGUUGUUUCUGCCCUUUUUCUUCUUCUUCUUUUGACUUUUUGCACUUGGUUUGGAAGAGCCGUUUUAGGGAACAAAAAACCAAAAAUGUUGCCUUACGUGUGCAGAUGUUUCGUAUCAUACCGACAGGGUGUUUUUGUUUUUUUGUUUUGUUUUGUUUUUUUGUUUUUUUGGGAGAGGGUGGGCGGGUUAUGGGGUUGUGAGGGGUCAUUCUUAGUUGAGAAUAAGUGCAUGGCUCGUGGUUCACUCAAAAAAGAAAAAGAAAAAAAAAAGACAAAUUUUCUUUUCUUUCUUAUACAUUUGCCAUGGCAGCGCACAUUCCCCAAACCCAUGGCAAUGAAAAUCACUGUCUACAGGUCAACAAAAAAAGAAAA